AUGGCAUCCGCAUCCAACAUCCUUCCCUCGUGGAUCAUCUCGCUCUCCCUCUUUGCAUCCAUCAUCUCUACCCUCAUCAUCUUCCUCAGCAUAUACAUGCACCUCCGCAACUACAGAAAGCCGUUCGAGCAGCGUCUCAUGAUCCGCAUCCAGUUGAUCGUGCCGUUGUUUGCGUUGUCAUGCUACUCGAUGCUCACCAACCAGACGUCGCUCUUCAACCGUAUCGUGCUUGAGCCCGUCCGCGAGGUGUACGAGGCCUUCGUCAUCUACACCUUCUUCUCGCUCUUGACAGACAUGUUGGGAGGCGAGCGCAGCAUCAUCAUCAAGACCAGCGGACGUGAGCCUGUGGCGCAUCCGGGGUUGUUGCGGUACGUGUUGCCUCCAUUGGACAUCUCGGACUCGUUCACGUUUUUGGGCAUCAAGAGAGGUAUCUUGCAGUACGUGUGGUUGAAGCCAUUCAUCUGCUUUGCCACAGUGGCAUUGGAGCUCUGGGGGGUCUACGACGUCAAGCACAUCGGCCCAGGGUCGCUCUACUUCUGGAUGACCCUCCUCUACAACGCCAGCGUCACGUUGUCGCUCUACUGCUUGGCCAUCUUCUGGAAGAUCUUGUGGAACGACUUGAAGCCGUUCAACCCGGUGGGAAAGUUCUUGUGUGUGAAAUUGAUCAUUUUUGCCUCCUACUGGCAGGGAGUCAUAUUGGCCAUCUUGAGUGCGUUCCACUUAUUGCCAGCCAAAGGCGAGGAAAGCUCGGACGAGAGCAUCGGCUUGUGCAUCCAGAACGCGUUAUUGUGUGUUGAGUUGAUCGCUUUCGCCAUUGGCCACUGGUAUUCCUUCUCCUACGUGCCCUACACCAUUGCACACAUUCCCAAUGGCAGACUUAUCUUCCGCUACGCCUUCAAGGACAUGAUUGGAGUCAAGGACCUCUGGUACGACUUCAGAUUGACGUUCUAUGGCGAUUACUAUAAGGACUACAAGCAGUUUGACUCGGUAGAGGCCCUUAUUGCGCAUCCGGACUCUAAGGGAAGAAUGAGCAAAAUCAACCAGGGGUUGCGAUACCACUUCGACGGCAAGCAGAAGCACUGGCUUCCCAGCGACACUCUCUCGACGAAGAGCAUCGCUGGGGACGUGCGGAGCACCUCGGAAACAGCUGUUUCGAACUCAUCUCAGCUCCCUCACAUCCACUACCAAAGCAAAGACUACGCUCCUUCACUCAAGUCCUCUGGUGCCUCCACCAGAGGACUUUACUCGGCAUCGACCAGGAGCCAGAAUUCUCCCUCGCCAUCCACAGAAUUUCUUGCCGAGCCCGAGGUGCCUCCACAAACAAUAACUGAUAUCAUCAAGUCCGAUCCUCUCCUAGCUUCGAUCGACUACGAGGACGAACGUUUCGACGAAGACGAACAGCUCUACCAAAUAGCUACAGUGGACAUCAACAACUACAAUCUCAACCUGAACGAAGUCAAGAGAUUGUUGAACUAUCCUAUUGUGGACGAACUAAUCCAUGGACAUGCCUAUGGUUUCAAGGUGCAGAAGUUGAGAAGAGACAGACUCAAGAACUUGGCUCGAGGCCUGGAAGAGUCGAUCUUGCAAGCUAAUACGGAGUCCAAUCGCUACGGUAGCGUUGUAUAA